AUGCAGCUAAAGCGCUGCCGGGCCGAGCCGGCGUCAGACAUCGACGACCUCCACGAAUCCGCCAGCAGCAGCGACGACGACUGUGCCGACGCCACCGCGGAGCUCGCUCGCUGGUGUCGCCAGCAGCGGCGCGAGGGUGGCGCGAGCGCCACCACCUGCGAGCGUGCGCUGCAGACGGCGCGUCACAAUCCGCAGCGGGCGCUGCAAACGCUCGGUUCGUCAGACGACGGCCGGGCUUUUCUGCUCUCGCUGGUUCGCCGGAGGCAGUGCGAGCUCUCUGCGGCGACGGAGGCGCCUCGCCGCGCCGCACGUGCUCAUGCGGCUCUCGGCAGCCUGCGCGAGUGCCUCGGCGAGCUCGGGCCGGCCAUCUCGCACGUGGCCGCCGCAGCGCGGCUGCGCGGAGCGCUACCGGCCGCUCCCCUGAGAGACGCCACCCUUGCAGAAGAGCUCCGCCGGUCUCUCUCUUGCGUGGCCGCCGGCGGGCGCGGCGGUGGCGGCGAGCUGCUCUCUCACCUCGCGCGGCUGCUGCGGCAGCGGGAGCAGGAGGAGGCGCUCGCGCGGCUGCUGCGGGCCUCGCUGGUCGCGCCUCCCCCCCCUCUCCCCCUCCCGCGCGCGCCCGCCGGUUUGAGCGUCUCGGCCUUUUGGGAGGAGUACGCGUCGCGACGAGUCCCGGUCGUGCUGCCGCUCCCGCCCGGCGCCGGCCCGGCCCAGGCAUGGGACCUGGCCUUCCUCCGCGCCUCGAUCGGCGGCAGGGUGCCCGCGCUGCGUCGGAGGGACGCGGCCUCCACACAGUGGGCCGGCCUCGAGCCGGCGACCCUCGGCCCGCCGCCAGGCCCCGAGCCGGCUGGCGCGGCUGGCGGGCAGACUUUAUCGGCCUCCUCCACCACCAUGGUGGGCGCGACCACCGUCGCAGACUUCAUCGACCGGCUCGACGCGACGGCGGAGGAGGCCGAGCCGGCGUACCUCUUCGACUGGUCGCUGCCGCAGCACUGCAAAGAGCUGCUCACGCGGAGGCCCGAGGGCGGCGGAGGCGAGGGCGGAGGCGAGGGCGGAGGCGAGGGCGGAGGCGAGGGCGGAGGCGAGGGCUUGUUUCGCGUGCCUCGCUACUUUGCCAACGACCUGCUGCAGCGGCUCUCUCCGGGCUCGCUCUACCGCGACGCCUGGCCGAGCCUCUUCAUCGGCCCUCGCGGCUCGCGCUGCUCUGUGCACGUGGACACCUUCGGCUCGCACUUUUGGAUGCUGCUCUUCGAGGGCGAGAAGCGGUGGACCAUCUUCCCGCCCGAGGCGGCGCCGCUGCUCCGCCCGUCGUACGCGCACGGGCACGACCCGCUCUUUAGCGCCGACGUGCACGACGACGCGGCGGCGGAGGCGGACGAGCUGCUCCGCCGCGCGCCGCGCUGGGAGGGCGUGCUUCGGGCCGGGGAGUGCCUCUUCGUGCCGGCCGGCGCGCCGCACGCCGUGCUCAACUUGACGCACACGGCCGCCAUUAGCUGCAACUACGUCGACAGCACCAACCUCGAGCAGGUGCGCGGCGAGCUGCGCGUCGCCGCUUGCACGUGCCCGGCGGCGCGGGAGGUGCUGUCGCAGCUCGACGCACCCGGCUUCGACGCUGCGGUCGACGCGGGCGUGGGCGAGGUGGGGUGGGAGGAGUUCAAGGGGGGCGCGGGGCUGGCCCGGCUGCGUGAUAGUACUUCGUGA